AUAAAUAAAAAAGAAGAAGAAGAAGAAGAAGAAGAAGAUAAGAGUGACUGAAUUCCACACUUUAUUCUACAUUUUGUGAUCCAUCCAUAAAAUUUGGCAUUAUCUUUAGCUUAUUUAUUUAUUUGCUCCUACUACCAUGCCAGUUAUCAUCAAAUUCUCAGUUUAAGGAGGUAGAAGGAGGAGUACUUUGCCUUCCAAUCUUCUCUACCUCCUCCUUGGCUUGUAAAUUCCAAAUUUGUACCAACCCUUUUUCUCCUUUGUUAGGCACAACUUACAUUUUAGACAAUUGGGAAAAAAAGGAAAAGGAAAAAAAAUUAAUUUGGAAUUUAGCUCCAACUGAUCAUGGAUUUUGGGAAUUCUGGUUUCUUUUCCUUAAAUCAGUGUUGUUCAUUUGGUUCAUCUGAUUAUGCUUGCUUUAAUUCGUCUUCAAGGCCGUAUAUGUUGUGUUUUACAAUUGGAAGUAGUUAUGUAGAACCCAAGAUCUUGAAACCCUCUUCUUCUUCUUCUAAAUUCACUGCUGCUUCGUCUCCCUUUAGAGAAGACGCUUGAUCUUCUUCCAUUUUUUACCUUUUUCUUUUCUUUUCUUUUCUUUUCUCUUGCUGUAGGUAUAUACUGUUUCUUUUAGCUUUAUUUUUUUGGCGUUUCCCCCAGAGCAAUGUUGUCCACAUCAUACUGGGUGCCAACGGCAGCUAUGGCCUUUCCAACAUUUCCAGAUCAUUGCUUUUUCAGGUAUGAUCAUCACCAUCGUAAUGAUCACAAGGACCUGAGGAGGUGGAGGAUUAGGACCACUGCUGCUGCUUACCCUCUUUUUUCCAAUCAGAUUCAGCUAACUAAAGACUCUUCUUCCCGUCACAAAUUGUAUCAGGAGGCUAUUAAGACUUCAAGGGACAAGUUCACUCGGGAGAUCUCCUUCCAGUCCAAGGAUAAAAACAUCUCUCUUGCUAAGGCUUUACUUUAUGUUGCAGCUGAAGAUGAGGCAUUCAUGUCUUUCAACCGAGAGAUGGAUGCUUGCUCUAUCCUGAAUGAAAGGAGAAAUGUUUCUUCCCCAUCGGAGGCCAUAGACUGGGAUUCUUUGGAGCAAAUGCCUUUGGGUGGAAAGACCAUACCUGAAUGGUUAAGUGAGUUGGAUGCAAUUGCUAAAGAAGUUGAAGCUGAGCUGGUUUCGAGGGACAUAGGCUGCCAUCUGGUUGAAGUUCUGGAAGCAGUCAAUUUAGUUCUUUUUGAGUCAAGAGGCUUGACAAGAUCCCCCGUUCUUGUAGAUUCUAAGUAUUCGUACUUACACUCAGUACUGAGCUCCAGAUGUGGCAGUGCAAUUUUGCUUAGCAUAAUUUACAUUGAAGUUUGUCGGCGGCUUGGUCUAACCAUUGUGGGAUCUCGAGUUGGGGAAGAUUUUUUGAUAUGGCCCCAGACAGGGUACCCAGAGGAACUCUUCAAAGUGACUUCAGGACACAGCUUGUUUGCUAUUGUCAAUGGAAGGUGUGUGGAGGACCCUAGAUCAAUGGCAUCAGAUUUAACUGGUACUUCACUGUUAGGGCUUGAGAUAGCUACAAACCGUGAUAUUAUUGGGAUUGCAUUAGCCAAUUUGAUUAGGCUUCACUGGAAACGUGCUUCAAGAUCAAAUCAUGGAUUGAUGCUGACUUCUCCCCUUAGGCAUGUUAAUGAUGCCGGUGAGAAACCCAACAUGAUGGAUAAAUCCAAUGUCCCUCUGCUGCGCCCGCAAGAUCUUAGUGGGAUUAGGCCUUUGUUCCGCUUAAUGAAUGACUGGCUAGCUAUCAUGGCUUCAGAAAGAUUGUUGAUUCUGCAGCCACAUAAUUGGGCGCUGAGGAGGGACCAUGGCAUGAUGCUGUAUUAUAAUAGGGAAUAUGGAAAGGCAGUGCAAGAGCUGAGCAUUUGCAUGGCCUUUGCGCCGGAAGAAGAGGCAGAGAUUCUUGAACCAUUUGUUGAGAAAUUGCAUUUGAUGCGGCUGGAGUCAUCAUGGAAGUCUUUGGGACACACAGGUCGACUCACUGUGCCUUGAAUUUUGUACAUAACCUUCUGUCCAUCUGAAAUCCUCCUUGUAUUAAGGGAUGAAUUCUGCGAUUGUGAUCAGAAUGGGGGGGUUGAACAGAUGAAGUCGUAUGUAUUGGAGAUGUAAGCAAAUCCUAAGUUGAACUUGUCUUCAUUUCCGGUGUCUCAUAUGUUGUUAGAACAUGGAGGAAUUAGGAACCUAAUUAUUAGUCGGAAUGGCUGUUUAUGGAGCAAUUAGAUCCCACAUUUUAUGGUGCUGGCAUAUUAUAUUUGUAUUCUGGGUUUUAUGAAUUGAUGGCAUAGCAUUUAUCUAAA